GCGUGACAUAACGACCAAUAGGGUGUUUGGUAAUAUAGAUACUUAUGUGUACACAAUUGAGUUUCAGAAACGUGGUCUUCCGCAUGCACACAUACUCAUAAUUUUGCACGAGGACAGCAAGUUGCUUACAGCCGACGAUGUUGACAAUGUUGUGUGUGCCUACUUGCCUGACCCUGCAACUGAAAGGCGCCUAUUUGAUAGUGUGAAGUCACACAUGAUUCACGGACCGUGUGGACAACUCAACGGCAACAGUCCGUGUAUGAUUGACAACAGUUGUUCAAAGAAGUAUCCCAAAGAAUACAGCGAAGAGACUGUGUACGUUUCAGAUAGUGGUUAUCCAACUUAUCGCAGACCGAACAACGGACUUGUGGUAAACGUCAGAGGUCACCCUGUUGGCAAUGAGUUUGUUGUCCCCCACAACCCAUACUUGCUGGUCAAGUAUGACGCACACAUAAACGUUGAGGUGUGCUCUACUAUAAAGAGUGUGAUGUAUUUAUAUAAAUACGUCUACAAAGGCCAUGACGCUGCUACCUUGGAAGUCUGGAAUGGAUAUGAAAUAGAAAAUUACAUAAACUCGCGGUACGUUAGUCCGCCAGAAGCUGUUUGGAGGUUGUUUUCGUAUGAAAUGCAUAAAAGGAGUCAUACGAUCGUCAGACUUCCAGUCCACCUGGAAAACUAUCACAAUGUGUACUUUGAACCUGGACAGGUACUAGAGCGGGUGCAAAACGCCGCCCUGGCUCGAACCAAACUCACGGCCUUUUUCGAACUCAACACGACCGACGUCGAAGCUAGACAGUACCUGUACCAAGAGAUACCGGUACACUACACUUGGAACGCGACACGUAGAAUGUGGUCACGACGGCGAAGACAGGUGACAUACGAGACGUUGGCUCGAAUGUACGUCGUCAACCCACUUGAUCGAGAUCGUUUCCAUUUGCGACUGCUACUUCUGCACAAGAGAGGCCCACAGUCUUUCCGGGACAUGAGGACAGUAGACGGGGUAGAGUAUCCAACCUACGGAGCAGCAGCCGUCGCGAUGGGACUUUUGGAAGACGACCGAGCUUUGCUGGCGUGCAUGGCCGAAUCGGCAACAUUGGACACUCCAGCCCAGCUUCGUUACCUGUAA